AUGUUACUUAUCUAUGCCCUCUUGAAAAAGAUCCUGGCUACAUCUGAGCAAAGAGACGAAGUUACAACUUAUUCUUCACCUCCAUCAAGUAUAAAUAUUGUAGAGGGGAAUACACUUGUCCAAGAACAACUGGUUAAUACAGGUUUAUCACCUAACCUUCAAGCAAAUGGGCUUUUAGGAAGAGAUGUCGUCGUAGAACUGAAUGGAAGCCUCCGCCCCCAACAAGAACAGGAGCCUAUACCAAUCAAUACAAAUCUCACACUUGAAGAGAUAAUCUGUAUGAAAAGCUUUUGUCAGGGCUCUUAUAAAGUUGGGGAAGGAAGCUUUGCACAAGUUUAUAGAGGGAUAUUUCAAGAUAAGGAUUUGGCUAUAAAGAAGAUAGAACAUAGAUACAAUGGCAUCAAGAAAUCGGUGGAGAACGAAGUUGAACUUCUCAGGGGAAUUGAGCACAAAAACAUCAACAAGCUAUAUGCCUGGUGUAUAGAAGAAAGCAUAUCUUACUUAGUGUAUAUGUUUAUAAGUGGAUGUAGCUUAGAUGACUACUUCAGAGGAUACUGUACCGUAUUUGCCUACAGUUGGAAGCAGUGUCUCAAAACGAUAAUGGAUAUAGCAGAGGGAAUCGAAUUCCUUCACAAGAAUAAAAUCAUUCAUGUUGAUAUCAAGCCUCAGAAUAUUAUGAUGGACGCUAGUGAUAAUGAGGCCAAGAUUGUUGACUUUGGGUUUUCAAGGAAAGCAGAUUGGGAAGGUACAUACCGGUCAACCGAUAAAAUAAUAGGUACCAGAGGCUAUUGGGCUCCAGAGUAUUGCUUGAAUCACAAACUUUCUUAUAAACACGAUGUUUUCAGCUUUGGAAUUGUUGUAUUGGAGAUGAUAACAGGGGAGAGGCAUGUCGAUAAUGCUAGGAGCUCAAGCCAGUUCCACAUUCCAGAAUAUGUAAGUUUUAUGAUUAGCAAUGAUCGCUUUGAACAAGCUAUAGACUCAAGACUCAAACGGAAUGGAUGGGACCGUUUUACACUAGAAAGUGCUUUCUCUGUUGCAAACAUAGCCCUCAGAUGUGCUCGUCCUGAAAAGGCCGCACGACCCUUCAUGGACAUUGUGUUAAAGAACUCACUUCGAUUACAACGAGCAGCUGUGAUAACAUCCAUACUGUUGGGCAGAGAGAAGAAGAAAUUGCAAUCGCAAAGCAUGUAUAACGAGAUGAAAUUACAGCACAUAAUAUCUCAGUAA